UCGAUAACGACGCGGUGCCGUGCGUAAAAGCUGGCCCAUCCCUAGCUGAAUGUAACCAAUUGGACGACUUCGAGUAUAAUGGGAGAUUUAAGCUGGAAAGAUUUUGUGAGCCAGGCUAAGCAGUUCCUUGAAUUUGCACAGAAGUUGGGUGAUGGUUGGAUGCUGGUGGAAAAGGACUUGGAUGAACCCAACACCUUCCUAAAGUUCAGUCAAAAGAUUAAGGAUAAAUCGGGGGCGUUGGUUAAUGUGGAGUACCAUGUAGUCUACAGUGUUUCCUAUCAAGUUCCAAUGAUGUUUUUCCAGGGCCACAGAUCAGAUGGAAGCCUUCUGGAUUUGGAGGCUACUUGGAAACUCUUCAUGCCGGAAACCAAAGCCAGCGAGCUCUACCAGAUACUCACCCAAAUGGACCAUCCUGUGCUCUUUAGACCUUUCAUGGCUCUGCAUCCAUGUCGCACCGCCGAGGUGCUCAAACAAUUUGGACAGCCCAGCAGUAACCAGGUGCUAACUUUUAUAAGUCUCUACGGACCCCAUGUCAAGUUACACCUGCAAAAUGCCUAUGGCCUUGGCCAAGAUUACACGUAAUUUGGAUUUAUUGGUGGUUGUUUUAAACACUGGUUAUAGGAGUAUACAUGUGUGAAUAAUAUGGCGUAUGUUCUAUACAGCUUUA